AUGUCGAGCAAAGAGGAUGAUGUCAAUGCACAUUCAUUUUCAAAGAGACGACGACAAGAUGACAACAACCAUAGUCCGAAGUCAACUCAAGAAAAGACAGAAUCUCUGAAGGCACAGUUGAAGACUCCAGCUGCAGGUUCAUCAAGCACCACAAUAGCUACCAAAGCUAAGAAGCCUUCCCUCAUCACAGCUGACGAGUUCUUCCCAGAUCUAAAUGAUCUUGACGCUGAUGGUGCUCCGUUGGCACCAAGAGGAUUCAAAGUGGACCAAUCUCUGCCACGGACACGACAGAAGACACUCCUACAUCAUGAUGCUGCUAUUAAGUUUGCUGAAAUUGAAGUUCCAGAGGAGAGCAUACUGGCUUACGGAACGUCAAUCUCAAAUGAAGUGGUUCCGAAGACUGUUGAUGAAGCUAAGAAGCUUCCAACAUGGCCGUCCUGGAAAGCAGCAAUCAAAUCUGAAUAUGACUCAAUGAGAGAGCGUGAAGUAUUCAGUGAGGUUAUAGAUCUACCAAAAGGCAAAAGAUUGAUUGGCAAUCGUUUAGUAUUGACCAUUAAGACUGAACCUACCAAAAGGUACAAAGCACGACUAGUAGCAAAAGGAUUCAAUCAAAGAUACGGCAUCGACUAUCAUGCAACAUAUAGUCCUGUGCUAGAUAUUGCGACAUAUAGACUCUUGAUUGGUAUAUCUUCCAUCAUGAGUUGGCAAAUUCACGCACUAGAUGUGCAGACUGCAUUUCUGUACGGUGACUUGGAAGAAGAUGUAUACAUGAAAGUGCCAGAAGGUGCACAUGUUCCUUCACAUAUCCAACGUCCCUGUGUGAAAUUGUUAAAAUCAUUCCGAGUGUCAAGUGUGUUCUUUAAGAACACUCCUGAUGGACCCAUCAUCACAAGCAUUUACGUGGAUGAUACAAACUUAAUGGGUCCAGAAAAGGCAAUCAUGUCCACAAAGACAAUGUUAAAGUCGCACUUUCAGAUGAAGGACUUUGGCGAAGUAUCAGCCUGCAUUGGCAUUGAAAUUGAUCACUUACCCACAGGUGUAUUCGUACAUCAAAGCAAAAUGGUGCAAAAGAUUAUCUCCAUGAUGAACUUGGAACAUACUAGCACACAAAAGAUCCCACUUGAAGUCCGAUCCGUCCAGCUUGGCAAAGACAUAUAUGGCGCAAGACGUGAAGGAGAAGCACCAUAUCCAUACAUGACGACAUAUCGUUCCUGUAUUGGAAUGCUCUCCUACUUGGCCAACAGUACACGACCCGAUAUCAGCUUCAGUGUGAACCUAUUAGCGAGAUUCAGUAAGAAUCCGACUUAUAGACACUACAAAGGAUUGAAGCAUAUAUGCCAAUACCUGAAACAUACACCUGACCAUGGUUUGUUCUUUAAGAAAGCCCAGGAUUUCAAGAUAGAAGUGUAUGCAGAUGCUGGUUAUCGUUCCGAUUCGACAACGUCGAAAAGCCAGACAGGAUAUGUCUUGAUGUUGAACGACACAGCAUUCCAUUGGAGAUCCGUCAAACAGACUAUUACUGCCACCUCCGCAUUUGAAGCCGAAUUGAUUUCCCUAUAUGAAGCAACUCGUGAGAUAUCAUGGUUGGCCAACUUUUUAACAACCCUGCAAACCACUCUUGAUGUUACCAUAUUGAAGACACCAAUCCCAGUCUUUGAAGAUAAUGAAGCUGCUUUCCGUACCAUAAAAGAGGGCUACAUAAGGACAAAUGCGAAUAAGCAUGUAGACCCAAAGUAUUGGAGGACACGGGAUAUGGUGCUAGCCAAACAAAUUGAAAUCAAAUCUGUGUCUGGCAAUCAGAAUCCAGCAGACAUUCUUACCAAGACAUUACCAGCCAAUAAGCACAAACAGUGCACUGAGCAAUUGGGAAUAUGGAGUCGUGCAUCACUUCUGUCUUUUGGCUGA